AUAGGGCAGGAAUCUAGCUCUGCUCCAGAGCCAGUUAGUUCUUCAUCACAAACGUAGGGGUGAGGUGGCAUCUUCACGGUUCUUAUUUUCUGGGAGUGGGUAACCCCGCCCCUCUUGGCCUCUACAUCCUUUGGGUCUCGCUGAGGGAGAUGGGGGCAGUUGGGAGGUCUGCACCAGCCAGUUCCUGGAGUAUCGUUAAAAUGAAAUUCUCCUUCUCCUUUCGCUUCAACUUUCCUGGCUGUCUCACGCACUCCCCUGCCUUCUCCCGGCCCGACUCUGCGCAUCGCCACCUACCCGAGGGACCCGGGAGCUUUGCCAGCUCUCCAAGAUGGGAAUUUCAUGACGCUCCCUGCCUAUACUUUGGGGAGGGCGGGUUGAGUACUGUAAGGGGCCAUCACGCAAGUGCAGACCUCGGCCUUCGCUGCAAACGGAGAGUCUCAUCUGGGCCCGUGCACUCUUGCAGGAGCCGCGCCGGGCCAAAUUCCCGGUCUCCACUCGCCUCGUCGCCCAGUUCCGUCACUCCCUCUUCGCCGCCCCGCCCGCUCGGGGGUGGGUGGGUGCUUCCCUUCGCUCUCCGUGACACUUUGCAGACGCUCCCCGGCGCCGGGCAUGGGCGCCGCCGCCACCUUCGGUCCCCGGCUGGAUUCCGAGCGCGGGUGGUGCCCCUGAGGCGCUCAGCUGCCGGAGCCGCGGGAAGCAGAGCCAUGAAUGACCGAAACAGCCGGAGGCGGAUGAUGAAGAAAGACGAUGAGGCCUUCGAGAUCUCCAUCCCCUUUGAUGAGGCACCCCACCUGGACUCCCAGAUCUUCUACAGUCUGAGCCCCUCCAGGGGAAAUUUCGAGGAGCCUCCGGAGGCAGCGUCCCCCACCCUAGCCCUAAUGAACAGCGUCAAGGCCCAGCUGCACAUGGCCCUGGAGAGGAACUCCUGGUUGCAGAAGCGUAUAGAGGACCUGGAGGAAGAGAGGGACUUCUUGCGGUGUCAGCUGGACAAAUUUAUCUCUUCUGCCCGGUUGGAUGCAGACGAUCACUGCCGGGCGAAGCCUGGGCCCCGACGAGCGGAGGGGGAUAGCAGGGGCGGGGCGACAGGCGAAGCCUCUGAGCCCGAAUCCGCGGCCUCCUCCUUCAGCGCAGCGUCGGAAGAGGGCAGCGCCAGUGAGAGGCGGAGGCAGAGGCAGAAGGGAGGCGCCAGCCGGCGGCGUUUGGGCAAACCUAAGGCCCGGGAGCGGCAGCGGGUGAAGGACGCGGACGGGGUCCUCUGCCGCUACAAGAAGAUCCUGGGCACCUUCCAGAAGCUGAAGAGUAUGUCGCGCGCCUUCGAGCACCACCGCGUGGACCGCAACACCGUGGCGCUGACCACGCCCAUCGCUGAGCUGCUUAUUGUGGCGCCCGAGAAGCUGGCCGAGGUGGGCGAGUUCGACCCCUCCAAAGAGCGCCUGCUCGAGUACUCACGUCGCUGCUUCCUGGCUCUGGACGACGAGACGCUGCAGAAGGUGCAGGCCCUCAAGAAGAGCAAGCUGCUGCUCCCCAUCACCUACCGCUUCAAGCGGUGA